UACCUUUUUUAUGGUUUUGUGGCUGGACAUCGGCAACUAAAGCAGACACCAUGGGGGAUCAGCAACUGUACAAGACCAACCACGUGGCCCACAGUGGUGAAAACCUUUUCUACCAACAGCCACCACUUGGCGUCCACAGUGGGCUGAACCACAACUAUGGGAAUACAGUCACAGGGGGUGGAAUGGAUGCCCCUCAGGUCUCGCCUAUCUCUCCCCACUUCCCUCAAGACACACGGGAUGGUCUGGGCUUGCCUGUUGGCUCCAAAAACCUUGGCCAAAUGGAUACCUCAAGGCAGGGAGCAUGGGGAGGCCAUGCAGGGUCUGGAAACCAUGUCCAGCUGCGUGGCAACCUGGCCAACUCAAAUAUGAUGUGGGGAGCACCAGCCCAGUCUGAGCCCACUGAUGGCUACCAAUAUACCUAUUCCCAGGCCAGUGAGAUCCGGACCCAGAAGCUUACCAGCGGUGUCUUACACAAGCUGGACUCUUUCACCCAGGUGUUUGCCAACCAAAACCUGCGGAUUCAGGUCAACAAUAUGGCCCAGGUGCUGCACACCCAGUCAGCAGUGAUGGAUGGAGCCCCUGACAGUGCCCUCCGCCAGCUGCUGUCUCAAAAGCCCAUGGAGCCCCCAGCACCGGCUAUAACUUCUCGCUACCAGCAGGUGGCCCAGCAGCCUCACCCUGGCUUCACUGGUGGGCUGUCCAAGCCAGCUCUUCAGGUGGGGCAGCACCCUCCCCAAGGGCACCUAUAUUAUGACUACCAGCAGCCACUGGCUCAGGUGCCAGGGCAGGGAGGACAGCCAUUGCAGGCCCCACAGAUGCUGUCACAGCACAUGCAACAGAUGCAGCAGCACCAGUAUUACCCACAGCAGCAGCAGCAAGGUGGGCAGCAGCGUCUCUCCAUGCAAGAAAUGCAACCGCAGCCACAGCAGAUUCGCCCAGCACAGCCUCAGCAGCAGCAGCAGCAGCUCCAGCUGCAGCAGCGGCAGGGUUCAAUGCAGAUACCUCAGUAUUAUCAGUCCCAACCCAUGAUGCAGCACUUGCAAGAGCAGCAGCAGCCACAGAUGCACCUGCAGCCCCCUUCUUAUCACAGGGACCCACACCAGUACACCCCGGAGCAGGCGCACGCUGUGCAGCUGAUUCAGCUGGGCUCCAUGCCCCAAUACUACUACCAAGAGCCCCAGCAGUCCUACAGCCAUCCCCUCUACCAGCAGAGCCACCUGCCCCAGCACCAGCAGCGUGACGAUAGUCAGCUAAAGACUUAUCCCAGCGACAGGCAGGCCCAGGCUAUGCCAAGCUCUCACGGGGACCUGGGGCCUCCUGACACGGGAAUGGGAGACUCAGCAAGCUCGGACCUAACCCGUGUCAGCAGUGCCCUCCCUCAUCGACCGUUCCUGUCCCCCAGUGGAGUCCACCUCAACAACAUGGGGCCUCAGCAUCAGCAGCUGUCUCCCGGUGCCAUGUGGCCCCAGAUGCACCUACCUGAUGGGAGAGCCCAGCCAGGGUCCCCUGAGUCAAGUGGCCAAGCCAAAGGAGUAUUUGGGGAGCAGUUUGAUGCCAAGAACAAGCUGACGUGCUCCAUCUGCCUGAAGGAGUUCAAGAACCUACCUGCCCUGAAUGGCCACAUGCGGUCCCACGGGGGAAUGAGGGCCUCCCCCAGCCUCAAACAGGAGGAAGGAGAGAAGGUCCCGCCGCCUCCGCCCCAGCCGCCACUGCCGCCUCCGCCCCAGCCGCCACCGCAGCUCCCUCCUGAGGCAGAAAGCCUCACACCUAUGGUCAUGCCCGUGUCUGUCCCUGUCAAGCUUCUCCCACCCAAGCCCAGCUCUCAGGGCUUCACCAACAGCACCGUUGCCGCCCCCUCCGCCAGAGACAAGCCAGCCAGCUCGAUGUCGGACGACGAGAUGCCUGUGCUCGUGAGGAUGACCCUCUCUCCCCCACACUCACCCCAAGGGGCUGCCCCCCGCACGCCUGCUGAAAUCCCCAGAAAGCAUCCGCCCGGCCCACCCAAAGCCGAGGAGCCCCUGAAGACCGUGCAGGAGAAGAAAAAGUUCCGGCACCGGCCCGAGCCGCUAUUCAUCCCGCCGCCGCCCUCCUACAACCCGGUCCCGGCAGCCUCCUACUCGGGCGCCACCCUCUACCAGAGCCAGCUGCGCUCACCGCGCGUCCUGGGGGACCACCUGCUCCUGGACCCCACCCACGAGCUGCCCCCCUACACGCCCCCGCCCAUGCUGAGCCCGGUGCGCCAGGGCUCGGGGCUCUUCAGCAAUGUCCUCAUCUCCGGGCACGGCCCCGGCGCCCACCCCCAGCUGCCCCUGACGCCCCUGACGCCCACGCCGCGGGUGCUGCUGUGUCGCUCCAACAGCAUUGAUGGCAGCAAUGUGACAGUCACCCCAGGGCCUGGAGAGCAGACCGUGGAUGUUGAACCACGCAUCAACAUUGGCUUGAGAUUCCAGGCAGAGAUCCCAGAACUCCAGGAUGUCUCUGCUCUGGCCCAGGACACACACAAGGCCACAUUAGUAUGGAAGCCCUGGCCAGAGCUGGAAAACCAUGAUCUCCAGCAAAGAGUGGAGAAUCUUCUAAAUUUGUGCUGUUCGAGUGCAUUGCCAGGUGGAGGGACCAAUUCUGAAUUUGCUUUGCAUUCUCUGUUCGAGGCCAAAGGUGAUGUGAUGGCUGCUCUGGAAAUGCUGCUGCUUCGGAAGCCAGUCAGGUUAAAAUGUCAUCCUUUAGCAAAUUACCACUAUGCCGGUUCGGACAAGUGGACCUCCCUAGAAAGAAAACUGUUUAAUAAAGCACUAGCCACUUACAGCAAAGACUUUAUUUUUGUACAGAAGAUGGUGAAGUCAAAGACGGUGGCUCAGUGCGUGGAGUACUACUACACGUGGAAAAAAAUAAUGCGGCUAGGGCGGAAGCACCGGACACGCCUGGCAGAGAUCAUCGAUGAUUGCAUGACAAGUGAAGAAGAAGAAGAAUUAGAGGAGGAAGAGGAGGACCUGGAAGAAGAUAGGAAGUCCACAAAAGAAGAGGAGAGUGAGGUGCCGAAGUCCCCGGAGCCACCGCCAGUCCCCGUCCUAGCUCCCACAGAGGGGCCACCCCUGCAGGCCCUCGGCCAGCCCUCAGGCUCCUUCAUCUGUGAAAUGCCCAACUGUGGGGCUGUGUUCAGCUCUCGACAGGCACUAAACGGCCAUGCCCGCAUCCAUGGGGGCACCAACCAGGUGACCAAAGCCCGAGGUGCCAUCCCCUCUGGGAAACAGAAGCCUGGCGGGGCCCAGAGUGGGUACUGCUCAGUGAAGAGCUCGCCCUCUCACAGCACCACCAGUGGCGAGACUGACCCUACUACCAUCUUCCCCUGCAAGGAGUGUGGCAAGGUCUUCUUCAAGAUCAAAAGCCGAAACGCGCACAUGAAAACUCACAGGCAGCAGGAGGAACAGCAGAGGCAAAAGGCUCAGAAGGCGGCUUUUGCAGCUGAAAUGGCAGCUACGAUCGAGAGGACUACGGGGCCGGUGGGCGCGCCAGGGCUGCUGCCCCUGGACCAGCUGAGUCUGAUCAAACCCAUCAAGGACGUGGACAUCCUUGAUGAUGACGUUGUCCAGCAGUUAGGAGGCGUCAUGGAAGAGGCCGAGGUCGUGGACACUGAUCUUCUCUUGGACGAUCAAGAUUCAGUUUUGCUUCAGGGUGACGCGGAACUAUAAAGCCCUGCUUUGUCACUCAGAGACAAUGAAAACCCCUGGCCUCUGUCUUCAUCAAUCAGGAAACCUGGACUGCCUGCUUGUUUUGUAACCCUUUUAAACUACCUGUUUAAAAAGUGGUCAUUUUAUUCAGGUUUAGAAAAAAAAAAAAAUCCCUCUUCUGUUCCUUUUAUUUAAAGAAAAAUUGUUUUUGUGGGGGUUGGGGGGGAAUAAAUAAUUGGCACAAUGAUCUUUAAGAGGUGUUUCGUCUGGGCUACAUCUUCACAAAAAUCUUCCCUGGCAGGGACCAACUUGACGUUCACGUUCCAUUGCUUUUAGAAGUCAACCGACCCAGUUGACUUUUAUCCCAGAGCUUGCUGUGAGUGUGUGUGAAGCAGGCUGCCCUCUUCGUGCUGGGGCCUUGGGCCCUCUUUUCCCACCAAGAGUUAUUUUUAUUCUGUUCUGACCUCAUUCUGUACUUUGCAGUGAGCUUGGCAUCUUUGCCAGGAAGCUCUCUGCUAAAGGGUAGCUUUCCAGGGAGCAGAGCAAGCCUGGUGUGUCACGGCUGUCCUCCAGCACAUACGUCAUUGUGAGGGGCUGACCAAGCAUGAAGAUAGGUUUCCCCUGCAUUCCCUGUCACUCCUUGGUCGGUCUGCAGGCAUGGAGUACUGUAUAAUUUUAACCUUUCACUCCUGGCAGUGAUUUACUAAGGACCUGGUUAAUAGAGUAGGCUGGUCCUCUUGCAUGUCCCCUGGGGACUGGUCAACUCCAAGUUGUGGGUAGCAGAGCUGUGUUUCAGCAUGAACUGACUAGAGACCUAUCUGGAGGCAAAUACCCCAAUUAUUAAGUUGCCGGGAGGACUGCUUUCGGGUUAGCGUAGUUGAAGGGUUCACACUGACGUACGUGGAAUGCCAGGAAAUGCUCUUUUGCCC